AUGAACGAUAUGCUCUCACACGUACCAAAGCGUCUCUCACGCGAGGAAGAAGAGCGUAAGAAGCAUGCUAUUGCACAACAGCAGAAAGAGCAGCGUGAGAAGAAUAGAGCAGAGGAAUACGCUCGCGAAGCCGAAAUGAUUGUCGAGCAGGAGAGGAAAGAGAGAGCUAAGAUGCCUUCUUAUCCUGGACUGGAACAGUAUGAGAUCAUUGAGAAAAUGGGUGAUGGCGCAUUCUCAAACGUCUACAAAGCCCUCGAUACUAAAACACACCGGAAAGUAGCCAUAAAAGUGGUUAGAAAAUAUGAACUCUCGAGCCAUCAGCGUUCGAACAUCCUCAAAGAAGUCCAAAUUAUGCGUGCAGUUAGACACGAGAAUAUCAUCAAACUCAUCACUUUUAUUGAUGCGGAGAAGUACUUCCAUUUAGUCCUUGAGCUCUCUGAGGGUGGUGAACUCUUCCAUCAGAUUGUCAAACUCACAUACUUCUCUGAGGAAUUGGCUAGACACGUUAUUACCCAAGUAGCGGAAGGUAUUAGAUACUUGCACAAUGAAGCAGGAGUCGUACAUCGUGAUAUAAAACCAGAGAAUAUCUUAUUCGACAGGAUAGAAAUUUUCCCGUCGAAAGUACCACAAAAAAAGCCAUUUGAUGAGGACAAAGUUGACGAAGGGGAAUUUAGACCAGGUAUUGGCGGUGGUGAGAUUGGUAAAGUCAAAAUUGCCGAUUUCGGAUUGUCAAAGGUUGUCUGGGACCAACAAACAAUGACACCAUGUGGAACUGUAGGUUACACAGCGCCUGAAAUUGUCAAGGAUGAGAGGUACUCACAGUCUGUUGAUAUGUGGGCAUUAGGAUGUGUUUUAUAUACUAUAUUAUGCGGAUUUCCACCAUUCUACGAUGAAUCAAUUCAGGUUUUGACAGAGAAAGUCGCGAAAGCCCAAUUCACUUUCUUGAGUCCCUGGUGGGAUGCUAUUUCAGAUUCGUCAAAGGAUUUAAUCUCACAUUUGCUCACUAUAGACCCAAGAAAGCGUUACACAAUUGAUGAAUUUUUUGCUCAUCCAUGGAUGAAGGGUAGCUCAACCGGUACAGCAAAGGAUAAGGAGCCGACAGCUGCACCACAGCCAACAUCGCUCGAUUCGCCAAUGCUCAGAGAUAUGGGCGGCAAUAGAAAAGCUAUGGCAUCACCAGGUGUUGCUCAGCUCAAGGAAGCAUUUGACGUUACCUACGCCGUUCACAGAGCUGAAGAAGAGGGGCGUCGCAAAGGAAAGUCGUCCGGCGGCGGUUUCCUUGGCAGUCUCAACGAGGAAGACGAAGAGGAAGACAUUCAGCCAAUGUCUGGCCAGAUAUCAAAUCACCGCAAAAUCGCAGCGGUAAACGCCGCCAGACAAAAGGAAGCUAUAAAGAAGACCCAAAACAAGGAGGCAGAAAGAGAGAAGAAGCAUGUAGAGAAACUAGGCGACAAUGCUGGUAAACAGGAGAAAGCACCUAAGAAGAACUUUGAAUUGGAUCUCAGCCAGGCCACCUUGAUUGAUAAGAGAAGAAAGAAAGGUGUGCCUCAGAGUCGAUCGGAGAGCCCAAUGAAGAGUGAUUAA